UUCACGGGUCUCGCACCUGCGCACUGACGCUGUCAAGCGGGAGGCGGCGAACGAGGCCGGUUACCCAGAGUGCCCCGCGGAGCGAACCGGGCCCGGGGGAGGUCUGAAAGAUGGCGACCGUCAGUAAUGUGAUCGGGCGGAGGUUAUAGAGCGGACAUUUGUUUUCUCUCCGGUGGCCGGGCACCGAGGCCGUUUCCCCUCCCCCUUCAUCACCUACCGGAGCUGUUUCCUAACGUAACUGUGCCCGUAUCGGCGGAGCCCCGGGACUACAUGGAGGAUCACCCGGCGGUGGCGGGAAUGGCUGCCUCAGCUAGGCCGCAAAUCGCAGGUCCCGGGCAGAGCCCGACACAGGGAGUCCCCUCAUCAGACACAGGCUGUGAGCUCUCCGCCCGGCCCAUGCAGUACACUAUCCCCGGGAUCCUGCACUACAUCCAGCACGAAUGGGCCCGCUUCGAGAUGGAGAGAGCGCACUGGGAGGUGGAGAGGGCCGAGCUACAGGCACGGAUAGCUUUCCUGCAAGGUGAAAGAAAAGGUCAAGAAAAUCUAAAGAAGGAUUUAGUACGAAGAAUAAAAAUGUUAGAAUACGCUUUGAAGCAAGAAAGGGCAAAAUACCAUAAAUUAAAAUAUGGCACAGAGUUAAAUCAAGGAGAAUUGAAGAUGCCAGCAUUUGAACCAGAAGAAACCAAAGAUUCAGAGAUUCCUGCGGGACCUCAGAAUAGUCAGCUGACGUGGAAGCAAGGACGACAGCUUUUAAGACAGUAUCUUCAAGAGGUUGGGUAUACAGACACAAUAUUAGAUGUUCGGUCACAAAGGGUACGUUCUCUGCUUGGACUUUCAGGCUCUGAGCCAAAUGGCUCUGUUGAAACAAAGAACCUAGAACAGAUACUCAAUGGAGGAGACUCUUCUUCACUGAAACAAAAGGGACAGGAAAACAAAAGGAACUCAGGUGAUGUCCUUGAAACGUUCAACUUCUUAGAAAGUGCAGAUGACAGUGAUGAAGAGGAUGAAGGAGACAUAAUAGAAGACGUCACUGAUGGGACAGACACAAUACGAUUAAACAAAAAACACAAAAUUGGAAAUGAAGGUUUAGCUGCUGAACUUGCUGAAGAUACGGAGGAAGCACUGAAAGAAUUUGACUUCCUUGUGACGGCGGAGGAUGGAGAAGGAGCAGGUGAAGCUAGAAGUUCAGGAGAUGGCACAGAGUGGGACAAGGAUGUCCUGUCCCCAACUGCUGAGAUUUGGGAUGUAGACCAGUCUCUGAUAAAUAAACUGAAGGAGCAGUACACAAAGGAACGCAAGGGAACAAAGGGGGCCAAGCGGGUAAACCGGACGAAAUUGCACGAUAUGAUUGCGGACCUGGGUGAUGAGGAUCUGUCCCACAUCCCGCCAGGCAUCCUGAGUCCGGCCCGGUCACCAACCAGAAUAACAGAUCAUGAAGGUGGGAGGGCAGAGGAAGCUGAGCCUAUAACUUUUCCAUCUGGUAGUGGGAAGUCUUUCAUUAUGGGAUCUGAGGAUGUCCUUGAGAGCGUGUUAGGACUUGGAGACCUUGCAGACCUCACCGUCACCAAUGAGUCCGACUACAGUUAUGAUAUGCCAUCUAAUAAAGAUGCAUUCAGGAAGACCUGGAACCCCAAAUACACUCUAAGAAGUCAUUUUGAUGGUGUCAGAUCCCUGGCAUUUCAUCCUGUUGAACCUGUAUUGGUGACUGCCUCUGAAGACCACACCCUAAAACUGUGGAAUCUGCAGAAAACGGUCCCUGCCAAAAACUUUAGGAGUGCCUCUCUUGAUGUGGAACCAAUCUAUACGUUUAGGGCUCACAUCGGUCCAGUUUUGUCUCUUGUAGUCAGUUCUAAUGGUGAGCACUGUUACAGCGGUGGAUUGGAUGCUACAAUACAGUGGUGGAAAAUGCCAAGUCCCAAUGUAGAUCCAUAUGACACAUACGAUCCUAGUGUUCUUGCUGGCACAUUGGCUGGACACACAGAUGCAGUGUGGGGACUUUCUCACAGUGGAAUUAAAGACAGUCUGCUAUCCUGCUCUGCUGAUGGAACUGUCCGGUUAUGGAACCCACCAGAAAGCAAACCAUGUGUUGGCACAUAUAAUGGUAACAAAGAACAUGGAAUCCCAACCUCUGUAGAUUUCGUUGGCUGUGACCCUGCACAUGCUGUUGCCUCAUUUACCAGUGGUUGCAUCAUAGUCUAUGACUUAGAAACAUCGCAGUCUUUACUGCAGUUAUCUUCACCUACAGAUUCUACUAUCCCAUUUGGUGGCCACAUAAAUAAAAUUGUAAGUCAUCCUACGCUUCCUGUUACCAUUGCUGCAUUUGAGGAUAGACACAUCAAGUUUUUUGACAACAAAUCAGGCAAGACCAUUCAUUCAAUGGUUGCUCACCUGGAUGCCGUUACAAGUCUUGCAGUGGACCCCAAUGGGAUUUACUUGAUGUCUGGAAGCCAUGAUUGUUCUAUUCGCUUGUGGAAUCUGGACAGCAAGACAUGCGUGCAGGAGAUUACAGCCCAUCGCAAGAAGUUGGAUGAGUCCAUUUACGAUGUUGCCUUUCACCCAUCCAAAGCAUUCAUCGCCAGUGCUGGAGCAGAUGCUCUGGCCAAGGUCUUUGUUUGACCCACUAGCCUGACCUUAUCCUUCACUCAAUGCCACAAGUGCAUUCUGGGACGAAAUUUGGACACUUGCGGUAUUUAAACAAAUUCUUACAUCACUGCCAAGAGGAGUUUGCUUUCAUGCUGACACUACAAGACACAGCUCCCUCUGCAGGACAGAAAGAUACUGGUUACAGAGCGGCGGGCACUACCCUCCCUUUUUUUUCUCAUUUAUCAGGAUUGCUCUGUGCAGGGCUUUAAUUACUGUAAUUUAAUAUUUCCUCUUACCACAGUAACCAGUAUUCACAGCCCCUGCAUAGGGUGUCUGUCCUUUAUUAUAUAUAAUAUAAAUAUGUUUUUUUUCUUCUACAGUCCAUAGAGAAUAAAACAAACUUUAAUUUAAUUUUAAUUAUUUUGGCCUUGUGCCAUUUUAAUUCAGGCUCCGGAUGCGCAUUUAUUGUGACUCGGAAGCUCAUCUAACAUGGGGGCUAUGGAGCUGCUUAUCAACUUUUUGACAUACCCCCUUUAAUGAAUUUGUUUGCCUGUCCAGAUACAGUUACAAUGCAAUAGCAAUCUCAAGCGGUUUUAAUACUUGCAAUCAUAUUUUCAAUGGAACAGUAAAGGACUUGUGAUGAGCCAGUUCCACACGAAGCAAACCCUGUGUAAACUGCAGAUUCUCGUUGGCUUACUUUCUCAUUUGUGUGUAGGUAAUUACUCACAGAGCUGGCAUUGUUUGACUCUGUGCCUGGCAGCCAAUGAAGGGACUUCAAUUUUUUUUUGACACUUUUUUUAAUUUAUUAUUACCUGGCAACAGACGCUAGUGUGUAACUAUAUAUUUUUAGCAUUAAUACAAUCACAAGUUUUUUUUUUUUCCUUUUCUUUAUUUUUUUUUACCUGUCACAUAAUUGCAGUGUUUUUUUAUCAGGCUAUUACGCCUGAAGGUGAAUGCAUUUUGCAGCUUUUUUUUUUUAUAAAUAGUGCUGCCCCGCUAUCUGCAUAAGGGGAUUUAUCUUGCAAAUAGAUAAUCAUCUGUUUUACCCUGCAUCCCUUUAUACAGCCAGAAGUCAGUGACGCUGCCAGGAAGCCUGGCGUUAGAGAGGAUAACAUAUCUGAGUGACUACAGACUAACAACUAGUUAUUUUGGCUUUUUACAUUUUUUUCGUUUGUUUUUGUUUCUGUAAGAGGGGUUUCAUAUGUUCUGCCCAAUGCACCUCUACCCCUUUUUUUAACAAUUGCAGCAUUCUAUCACUGUGUGAUAUUUUGUAUGUUUACUUUAUUUACGAGUUAAUUUAUCCGAAUGUUUCCCAGGUAAGUUACAGUGGCUUAUUGUUAUUUAUUUCAGCUUUAUAUUCUUUUUUUUUUUUUUUUUCAUGUGACACAGGAAUUUUAUUAUUUUUGGGACAAUUAACUGAGGACAUCUGAGGGACAGAACAAUGUUAUAAGAAAGGAUGAUUUAAAUUGGAGAUUUGUUUCAAUUUGAAAGACGGUCAUGGAGGUAAAAUCUAUGCCUGCAAAAGACAGGAUUGUUUGCAGGCAAAAAUUUUGCUUCUUAAGCAUUACUGAGCUUAUACGGCUUGCUCCCUGACCCCCCCCCCCAUAUACUUAAUACCCUGUACCUGCCCUUCAUAGCGGUGUGAUCGCAGGGUUCUUUUUGCAUUUUUCAUACCUUCGGGAUUCGCUUUUUUCCCAUAUUUUUUUUUCAGACAUUUAGCUUCUGUUGUUGACGGAAGAUUUUACGUUGUUUUAUGCAUGACUGAGAUAAUUUCACAUUUUUUCUAGUCUUCCACAAAGAAAAAAAAAAAACCUGAUCAGUUUGCAAGUUUUGUAAGGUUUUCAUUUUACAGACUGCAAAUCGGCUAAUUUUUAAGAUUGUACCACAAAAAAUGCAGAAGUACAGUUGUUGAAAAAUAAUGUAUAUAAAAUGCAUAUAAUAAAUAUUAAAUGGUGUACCUGUAUACAUUAACUUGCAUUGAUUGAAACGUCCAACUAACAUCAUAACAGGUAUCAAGAUAUUUUUGUAAAUAAUUUCUAUAUUUGUUUAAUAUGAAUAGUCUCUUUAGGGAGACGAUUAAAAUUGUGUAUUUAUGGUAACACAACUUUAAGUAACCUAGCGUAGUUUUCUGUUUUAUAUAGAUGAAAUUAUACAUAAAUUCUAUAUUUUUAUUUUAUUCUUGAAAUAAAUUCCUGCAUGUAAUGACAGUCCUCAAUCCUUUUUCCUUAAGAGUCACUAAUACCUUUCCCAUUUUUAAUGGAUCGAAUAAGGAAUAAAAUGUUUUAAUGUGCA